ACUGUGCAGCAAAGAAAGAAGGGGGCCAGGGGUGCCUUCUCAAAAAUAAAGCGUAUAAGGAUACAAACCAGCAUCGAGAACUCAGUGGGAAAUAGGACGUCGUAACUAUUUCAGAAAGCAUGUCAACUUCUGACGAGACGGACGGUUUCCGACCUCGAUAUGGCUCUGUUCUGGAUGGCGUGGAGCGGCUUACGGCCGAGGAGAUGGAUGAGCGCAGACAGCAGAACAUGGCCUAUGAGUACUUGUGUCAUCUGGAAGAAGCUAAACGAUGGAUUGAGGCAUGUUUAAAUGAGGAGCUUCCCCCCACCACCGAACUGGAGGAAGGUUUGAGAAAUGGUGUGUAUCUGGCCAAACUGGGAAACUUCUUUGCUCCAAAUGUGGUCUCUCUCAAAAGGAUUUAUGACCGCGAGCAAACACGUUACAAGGCCACCGGACUCCAUUUCAGACACACAGACAAUACCAUCCAAUGGCUGAAUGCCAUGACAGAUAAAGGACUUCCUAAGAUUUUCUAUCCUGAGACAACUGACAUCUAUGACAGGAAGAACAUGCCUCGCUGUAUUUACUGCAUACAUGCCCUCAGCCUCUACCUGUUCAAACUUGGCCUUGCGCCCCAGAUUACAGACCUGUAUGGCAAGGUUGCGUUCACAGAGGAGGAAAUUAACAACAUGAAGAGUGAAUUAGAGAAGUACAACAUCCAAAUGCCAGCGUUUAGCAAAAUCGGUGGGAUUUUAGCCAAUGAGUUGUCAGUGGACGAAGCAGCCUUACACGCUGCCGUGAUCGCCAUCAAUGAUGCCAUUGACCAUGGAGACCCGCAGGGUACUUUAGCUGCCAUGAGAAACCCAAAUGCUAUGUUGCAACAGCUGGAUGAAAGCGCUGCCCCGAGUUACCAGGACACCCUGUUCCAGGCCAAAUCCGAAAAAGUGGCCAACUCCAGAAAAAGAAUUGGAGAAAACUCUGAAGCUGAAAGGGAUGCUUAUGAUGAGCUACUCACACAUGCUGAAAUCCAAGGCAACGUCAACAAAGUCAACGUGUCCAAAGCAUUGAAUUUAACAGAACAGGCCCUGCAGACUGCAGAUGAAGACAAGCUAUAUGAAGCUCUCCGUACUCCAGCUUUAGGCUUGCAGUCAUUACAGGCUCAAAACAAGUACUGGUAUUUCAAACAGCUGCUGGGGGACCGUGAGCUGAAGGAACAGAAUGCUUCUGGAGAACCGUUAACCAAAGAGGAGUUACAAAGUGGAGUUGAAGCAGGCAAUGAGCUUGCGGCAGAAAAUCUAAGAAUGCUGCGGGCGGUGGAGAAGAUCAAUGGUGCCAUCAGAAAGGGCGUAGCACAGGAGACGGUGAAUGAAUUGAUGAACCCUGAUGCCAUGCUGCCGCAGGUUUACCCCAAUGCGGCUGAUCUGUACCAGAGGGAACUCACCAGCCUACAGCAGCAGAGUACAGAGGGCAUUUUGGUGCAAUCGGAGCUUCUGGUUGCCGUGGAGAUGCUGUCCUCGGUGGUGCUGAUAAAUGAGGCGCUGGAUGUAGGGGACCGGGCCACAGUGUGGAAACAGCUCAGCCAUUCAACCACCGGACUUUCGAAUGUAGAGGAUGAAUAUUCCCAGAGGUAUGUAGAUGAGCUGAUGCGUCUAAAGGCAGCUGCAAGGGAAGAAGGGAGCGACUAUCUCACCUGGAAUGACAUCCAGGCCUGUGUAGACCAGGUCAACAGUACAAUUCAAGAGGAACAUGAAAGAAUUGCUGCUAUUGGACUGAUCAACGAGGCCCUGGCUGAGGGAGACCUACAGAAGACGAUGGAUGCUUUACAGCACCCAUCCGCCAAACUAACAGAUAUUGAACCAUCUCUGGGCCAGCAUUAUUAUGAUAUACUGCAGGAGGCCAGGAGAGAAAAAGCCCAUGAGUGUGGAGAUCCUUCUGCGGUACUUUGGUUAGAUGAGAUCCAGGAUGGCAUCUUGAGAGCCAACAAGGACUCUGAGGAAGCACUGCAGUUCUCUCAGGCAGUCCAGUCCAUUAAUGAGGCUGUAGAUAACCAAGAUGCUGCUCAGACGCUUGCAGCCCUGCGUACACCUGCCGCUGGUCUGUACGGAGUAACUCCAGAAUGCGCUCAGACGUACCAGGAUGACCUGUACAAAAUUAAAGAGGAUAAGAAAAAGGAAGGGGAUAAUGGCAGUGUCUGGAUCAAGCACUGGGUAAAAGGAGGACACAAUUACUACUAUAACAUGAAAACUGGACAGGGUACCUGGGAUGAGCCUGCAGACUUCGUCCCAAACAACACUCAACUUCAGAAGGAAGAAAUACAGUCCGUUGUUUCGGGAGUAACCACAGCAUAUAACCGGGAGCAGCUAUGGUUGGCCAAUGAGAGUCUGAUCGCCAAACUGCAAGCACGCUGCCGUGGUUUCAUGGUGCGGCGAGGAAUGAAAGAACGUCUGGAGUUCUUGAAGUCUCAGGAGCAAUCUGUUACACACAUACAGGCUCACUGGAAAGGCUUUAAGGAGAGAAAGAAUUAUAAUGACAGGAAGAAGUUCCUAAAGGACCACACUGAUGAGGCUGUCAAGAUUCAAUCAAUGGUCAGGAUGCAUCAAGCUCGUAAAAAAUACAGAGAUCGUCUGAAGUACUUCAAAGACCACAUAAAUGACAUAGUAAAGAUUCAGGCGUUUAUUCGAGCCAAUAAAGCAAGAGAUGACUACAAAACACUCAUCAAUGCAGAUGACCCUCCAAUGGGUGUUGUUCGUAAGUUUGUCCACCUGCUGGACCACAGUGACCAGGACUUCCAGGAAGAACUGGAACUGAUGCGGCUAAGAGAGGAGGUGAUCACCAACAUCCGCUCGAAUCAGCAGCUGGAGAACGAUCUCAAUCUGAUGGACAUCAAGAUCGGUUUGCUGGUGAAAAACAAAAUUACCCUUCAAGAAGUGGUCUCUCACAGCAAAAAGCUCACUAAAAAGAACAAGGGUGAGCUGUCUAACCUCAUGAUGAUGAACAAGCAUAAAGGUGGUCUGAAGGCGCUCAGUAAAGAGAAGAGGGAGAAGCUGGAGGCAUAUCAGUUCCUCUUCUAUCUGCUACAGACCAAUCCCACCUAUCUGGCUAAGUUGAUCUUUCAGAUGCCACAGAACAAGUCAACCAAGUUUAUGGACUCUGUGAUUUUCACAUUGUACAAUUAUGCUUCAAACCAGCGUGAGGAAUAUCUCUUGCUCAAUCUCUUCAAAACAGCACUGCAAGAGGAAAUCAAAUCCAAAGUGGACCAGAUCCAGGAAAUUGUAACGGGAAACCCAACAGUCAUUAAAAUGGUGGUGAGCUUCAACAGAGGAGCCAGAGGUCAGAAUGCCCUCAGACAGAUCUUGGCUCCUGUCGUGAAGGAAAUCAUGGAUGACAAGGCGCUCAACAUCAAAACUGACCCAGUUGACAUAUACAAGAGCUGGGUGAACCAGAUGGAAUCUCAAACAGGAGAAGCCAGCAAAUUGCCGUAUGAUGUGACUCCAGAGCAAGCAAUGAGUCACGAGGAGGUUCGAACCCGCCUGGAAGCCUCCAUUAAGAAUAUGAGGACCGUCACAGACAAAUUUCUUUCGGCCAUAACUGUUUCCGUGGAUAAAAUACCAUAUGGCAUGCGGUUCACUGCAAAGACGCUAAAGGACACACUUAACGAAAGGUUUCCUGAUGCCACAGAGGACGAGCUUUUGAAGAUUGUGGGCAACCUGCUGUAUUACCGCUACAUGAAUCCCGCCAUUGUGGCCCCUGAUGCCUUUGACAUCAUUGACAUGUCAGCAGGAGGCCAACUGACCACAGAGCAGAGGAGAAACCUGGGAUCUAUCGCCAAAAUGCUGCAGCAUGCCGCCUCCAACAAGAUGUUCCUCGGAGACAAUGCCCAUCUCAACCCCAUCAAUGAAUACCUCUCCACCUCCUACCAGAAAUUUAGACGUUUCUUUUUGUCCGCUUGUGAUGUCCCUUCUUUGGAAGACAAGUUCAAUGUGGAUCAGUACUCUGACCUGGUCACCUUAACCAAACCUGUAAUCUACAUUUCAAUCGGGGAGAUCAUCAACACUCACACGCUCUUACUGGAUCACCAAGAUGCUAUUGCACCAGACCACAAUGAUCCUAUUCAUGAGUUGUUAGAUGACCUAGGAGAGGUGCCUACCAUAGAGUCUUUAAUAGGUGAAAGUCCACUUCCUGCUGAUGACCCUAGUAAAGAAAUGAUGGGUAAGACAGAAGUGUCUCUUACUCUCACCAACAAGUUUGAUGUUCCUGAUGAGGCCAACGCUGAAAUGGAUGCCAAGACUCUCCUUCUCAACACCAAGAGGCUUAUAGUUGAUGUGAUCCGGUUCCAACCUGGAGAUACACUCACUGAGAUUCUUGAGACCGUAGCUGCACCUGAGCAGGAAGCAGAUUACCAGCGUGCCAUGCAGCGACGGGCCAUUCGGGAUGCCAAGACCCCCGAGAAGAUGAAGCAAGCCAAACCGGUUGUGGACGACAGCCUUACCUUGCAAGGCAAAAAAGAGAAGAUCAAGAGCAACCUGCAAAGACUAGGAGAGCUGGGAAAAGUUCAUCCUGAGAAGAAAUACCAGGAUCUCAUCAAUGAUAUUUCCAAGGAUAUCCGGAACCAAAGGCGAUAUCGUCAGAGGCGAAAGGCGGAGUUGGUGAAGCUACAGCAGACCAAUGCUGCAUUGAACUCCAAGACCAGUUUCUACAAUGUGCAGAUUGACUACUACAACCAAUACAUUAAAACCUGCAUGGACAAUUUAGCCAGCAAGGGCAAAGUUUCUAAGAAACCUGGAGACAAUAAGGCUAAGAAGAGUAAGCAGGUAUCGCAGAAGUACACGGCAGCCCAACUGCAUGGGAAGGGUGUUCUCAUUGACAUUGAGGAUUUGCAGAAAAAUCAGUAUAAGAAUGUAAUUUUUGAGAUCUCCCCAUCUGAGGUUGUAGGAGUGUUUGAAGUUAAAGCUAAGCUUAUGGGAGUUCAUUUGGAGACAUUAUUGUUGGAAUACCAGGAUCUUCUUCAGUUACAGUAUGAGGGGGUGGCUGUGAUGAAGCUGUUUGAUCGAGCUACUGUAAAUGUCAACCUUCUCAUUUUCCUGCUCAACAAGAAGUUCUACGGCAAAUAGACGCUCAUAGAGGACCUUAACAGACUGUUGACACAAAUUGAAGCCAAGACCACAAUCAUCUUUAGUUUAAAUGUCUUUUCUGCACUACUCGAAAUGUGCCACCGUACCAUUUUGUCUAAUUGAAAGGAUAGGUUCCUUGAAUGUACAUUUAUUAGAUGCAUCAUUUAUUACCAUCCUUUAACUUCUGGACAAAUAAUGAUUGACUGUUGUCCGUUUUUAUUGAGAUUGUCAGUAUCCAAACGAGUGUCAGUAGUUUGCUUUGAUCCUUUGCGAACUGUACUUGCAUGAGCUUUAAAUACUCUAUAUGUUAUAUGUAAAAUGAACAUUUUUAUUACGUUGUAUGCUUUGGGAGAACAGAAAAUGUCUCUUAGUAUCCCUAUUCUAUAGGAAAAAAGAAACAGAGAAAACUAAAUGUUACCAAAGUAUAUUUAUCAGACCAAUUUUUGUUUCAUUGUUUAGAACCAAAGUAUCAUAAAUGGGUUAUCUCAUUGGCUUGUCAAGUAUGAAGACUUAUUGGAAAAUAUAUUUUGUAGAGCAUUCAGACACGUCAUGCUGGAAUUUUUUUAUGUUUAUGUCCCACUAAUGUUUGUUGCCUUGUGUCCAUUGUUUUGUCAUUUUUGUUUGUUUUAUGGUGCCUUUAGUUAAAUAAACAUGGAGAAGCCUUAUAAUGGUAUAAAAAUGUAUUUUAUUGUUUGAUGACCAGAAGCAAAUAGUGCUUAUGAUUGCAUUUGUGCUUUAACAUAUAUCUCUUUAGACAAGAUGUAAAAGUUAAAUAAUGGUUACAUAUUUUCACUGAUUAGUAAUGUUUGUUAUUACACUUAAGCUUAGGCAUCAAUAUCCUUGAAAACACAAUAAAUGAAUAAUUAAAUAUUAACAAAUGUACAGACUGACAUCUGAACAUUUUUUUGAGUUGGUUGGUUUAUAUUUUAGAACAAAACAUAAAACUAUUUAAUAUAAUUUCUGAAGUUUAAAUGUUCUGAUUUCUGGCUUGGGUGUUCUCGGUUAUUGGACCCAUGAAACACAAAGUGCUAUAUGUUUCUGUUCAAAUGUUUUAAGAAGUUGUAUUAUGCAUAUUUCCACUUGUGCAUCUGAUGCUGGUAGCUAUUUGGUAUUUGAAUUGUAAAGCAAUUGAAAUGUCCUAAUGUACCAAUGAACUGUAUGCCAAUGUCGCUAGCAAAACUUUAAAGUUCUUCAUAUAAAUGCCGAACAGAUAAAUGACAGGAUUAUGAAUUUCACUGUCCAGUGUUUCACACACAAAAAAAGCAACUUCAGUGAAUCCUGAAAUGUUGUUUUUCAAGAGAAAACUGCUUUGAUAACUGUAAGAUUUCUUCAUAAAUAAGAGUCAUUUGUUAGCCGUUGCAAUAAAACAAAAUAAAAGAACGUUAAAUUUAUGAAGAUAA